AUGACAACUUUUGGAGAAAAUUUUUAUAAUUACAUUGCUAUACACUUUUUACGACAAGAUGUAAUUGUUUACAUAGAGAUGAUGUUAAUGUUUGCAGGAUAUCCGGAUAUCAUUCCAGUUAAUAAUGCUGAUAAUGAUAGUGUCAGCGGGGAGGACGCGGUUACAUCAAAUUUACAUAUUACACCGGAUGAAGCUCGAAAAAUACAUGAAACGUCCUUAAUUACUCAUCGUAGGUUCUUGAUUGAAGGUUCUUAUGCUGAUUGGUUUAAAUCUCAUCCCCAAUACAUAUUAUCGGCUCUUAAUUACCUUAUACCUGCACUAAGCGACGCAGAGUUGGCUCUUUCAGCUGCCAUGUCAUUCAAAGAACCUAGAGAAAAACAGAAAGUUAUCGAGUCUAUAGCUGAUGUGAUUCAAGCUUUACCACCUGAUAAAAUGUUGCAACCGUUAAUGAACCCUCCACAAUAUCGAGAAGUUAUAAUAGCACAAUUAGAAUAUCUUACAUGUUGUUGUCGAGGAAUUCAACCACCUGAUGAUAAAGUUGUCAUUUUAGAUGAUAUUGGGCAUGAAUUGCAGCAUGAAAAAAGCUUUUUUGCUACUGGUUCGAGUGUAGGACUUGUUAAUACUUUACUAGAAAUUACUAGUAACAUUGCGGAAAUAUGGUACCAUGAUAGUGAAGUUAUAGAAGUAAGUCCAGUUUUUAGAUUCAAUGAUUACAUAUAUAUGCCUCUGUCAUGA